GGGGCGAGCUCCAGCCCCCGUGGGAGCGGGUCUCUGCGGAGGGAGGCCCGCCGCGCCGCCGGCGUGGCCUCGAUGGAGGCCAGCCUGACCUGCGCCGUCUGCCUCGGCCUCUUUGAGGAUCCGGUCACACUGCCGCUCUGCUCCCACAACUUCUGCAAGGGCUGCGUGCUGGAGUGCCUGGCCUCCGGGGAGCCCGGCGCGCUCCCCUCGCCCCGCGUGGGCCAGGGCCAGGGCCAGCGCUUCUCCUGCCCGCUCUGCAGGAAGCUCUGCCCGCUGCCGCGCGGCGGCUACUCGGCGCUGCCCGUCAACACCACGCUGGCGGAGGUGGUGAAGUUGUACAGGGCCAGCGGGGGCAAGGCGGGGCCGGGGCGCGGCGAGGCGGGGGCGCUGAGCCCCCCGCCGGCGUUCGGAGCAGCCUGCGAGAAGCACCCGGCCCGGCUGGUGCAGCUGUAUUGCCGGAUGUGCCGCCAGGCGGGCUGUGGCCAGUGCGUGUCUGAGGCGCACCAGGGCAUCUUCCACGCCGUCAACCUCCUCGACACCGUGUACCAGGAGGAGAAAUUAACCUUCUUUAGCAGCCUGAAGAAACUGAGAGCAAUAAAUGAGAACUUGGUGAAGGAACUAUCAAGUCAUCCAAAAGAUACUGAGAUCUUGAACAAAGAAGCAGAGAUAAUUAUGUUGGAAUUUGAAGAAAUUUUCAAAACUCUGGAAAUGAGAAAAAAGGAAUUGCUAGAAGAUAUUGAAAGUCAGAGAAGUAAGAAAGAGAAAGAAUAUCAAAUUUGGAAGAAAAUGAAGGAAACUCACAAGAAAACCAUUGAGAGUUUCCUGAAGGAUUGUGAAAAGCUUGUUGAUGAAUGUGAUCCUGAGUGUUUCCUGGAGGUGGCAUGUGGCUUGAAUAAAAGAAUGAAGACUCAGCUUGACCUGAUGCACAUAGCAUCUAGCUAUGAAAAAGCACCAGAGUCUACCCAAAAGCAAAUGGAUAUCAAAUCUGUGGUUAAUGAAAUCCUGGCCUUACAGCUGACUUCAGUUGAUUCAUGCAUCGUUAAAGAACUUUCUUCUGGAGGAAAUGAAGGUUUAACUGGAAAGUAUGCAUAUACAAAUAGUGCAAAACAAUGGAAAGAUCAGAAAAACAUACACAACACAUAUUAUCCUGUAGUGGGACAUGAGGAAACUUUGACUGACGGUAGUAAAAUCUGUACUCGCUUAAUGUCAAUAUCAGAAAUGUCAACAUUUCAAAACAUGAGUCAUGAGGAGGUACGUUAUAAUUAUUAUAUGGGUCAUCGGACAUCAGAUCAAUUGAAGACGCAGACUUCACCUGCAAAUACGAAGCAUACAUUUGUGAUAACUGAUUCUUCAAAGAAUACGUUCUCAGCAGUUCCCCUUCUGUCCUCACCUCCCAAAGUGAAAGAUGCACAGAGAAUAAGAACACAAAAAUUACAAAAAGGAAGUUUUAGUAACACUAGUUUUUCCGGUUCCAGUAGUUACAGAUUCAGCUUUCCACCUGUGAACUGGAAUUUCUCUGAAUUGAACAGUGAUUUGAAGUUAUUUAAUGGAACAAGAUCUCCGGAAGUAAGCAAACUAACCACCCCAUCAGAAAAUUUCAAUGGCUUGGUAAUAAAAAACAAAGUAAAAAUGGCUCAAUCAUCACCGGUUCCCAUUUCUGCAAAAACACUAGCAAGUCCUAGCACUUCAAUUGGCUUACCAGAAUCCGCAACAAAACCUGUUCCUGUUUUAAAACCCACCUUUUUAGGUGCUCCCACACAGAGCCUUUCUGCUCCACAUUUUAUCCCCAAUUCGGGUAAUAACUCGACAUUACCCAAUUUAAAUAAAGCUGCAGCUACAUUUUUCUUCAAAAAAGAGAAGAAUAAUUCGGUUUUCCCCACGUUUUACGUCGGAAGGUGUGAUACUCAAGAUGAAAUGGGCAAUCAACAUGGAAAUUGUACAAAGUUUAACUCUUCAGCUUUAACUGAGGCUAAAGCUUCUGCUGCCUCUAAAAGUCCUAAACUAGAGUCAUCAGAAAGUGGAAAGCCAGUUUUUUCAUUUACCUUUAGCAAUUCGGAAAGAGAUUGUUUUACAGUAUCCAAACUCAGCAAUUCAUUGAAGAUUUCACCAUUUUCUAGCCUAUCUGAGAAGCCAGCUGAACAAAGUACAAUAUUUCAAACCGGAAAAGAGAGCGUUUCUGUAAGCAAAGACGUAGAAUAUAACUGGCUAAAAUCUCCUACAGUAGUCCCUCAGGAGCAGAGUGCCAGUACCCCAGAUUCCACUGCUACUAUAACCUGCACUACAUCUAGUAGUGACACCAGAAAAAAAGAUGUUUCCAAGACCCAGCCUCUCCCCUGUAAUAACACACUUUCCUUCUCAUCCAAUAAUUGUAUUCUGGAAUGUAAAUCUUCACCUGUAAUCUCAUUUGAAGGCACCGUCAAAAGUACUUCCAAAUCACUAUCUUCCUCCUCGAUGCUGUUUUUAUCUAAUAAUAAUAAUAAAAGUGAAAGUGAAAAAAUGAAAAUAGAAUCAAUUGACAAAGCACAUCUAGUUGUAGAAAAAUCUACACCUCCAAUAUGUACAGUGGCCAUAUCUGAACUUACAAGUCCAAAGCGUAGCAAUUCCUUUUUUUCUUUUGACCUAUCUAUGAACACUGAAACUGAAGACACUCUUGCUCAACAGAAUUCUUUGUGUGGUCCAGCUGUAGUCAGCUCUCUAUUUUCAACAGGCCUUCCUAGUAAAGAAAGCAGUGUAUUUUCCACUCAUCCUAGUGUUGCAUCAACUAAACCUCAUAUAGAUGUGAAAGUUGAAGAUAAUGUAAAUAUUGGUGAAACCUAUAAGUCACACCAAGAUUUAGAAGAGAUUUCUAGGAAAGAAGAUGAACUUGACACUCUGCAGUUACAGAAUGCAACUUGUCUUACUCCAGUGACAUGUAGUGAUGCAUUUUUGGGAGGCUUGGCACAUGCAGUAGAUAAAGAAUGUGAAACACUAAAUCAUUCAGAUUCUGAUAUAGAAGAGCUAAGUCAAGCAUCAGUGUCCAGUGACUGGAGCAGUGCAUCAGAAUAUUUUUUGGUUGCAGAAGACAAAAUAACAGCUUGUGAAAAACCGGGUACAUGCACCGUAGAGAAUGAAAUGGAAGAGAAUUCCCUUCAAGAUAGAAAACAGCUAUUGGAACAGCAUGCAAAAGCAAAGCAAUCUAACUGUAAUGGAAAGUGGAAUUCAGACCAAUAUGUUGUCUACAUGAGGAACAGGAAGAGAUCAAAAACUAGCUGUUUUGUCUAUAGGCAAAUAAACUGAAUUCUGCAGAAAGGCCCUCAGGUUAUUAGUGCAAUACUCCAUGCAGUGGGCUGGAAAUUUUGCAGCAGCUUCAGGUAAAUUAACAUUUAUGAUGGUUCAGUACAUCUUUCUUCAUUUCUGUUGUUCUAAACUCAACUAGUUGUAUUGCCCCAUAUUUCCAUUUUAUUGUGUUUUAGAAUUUUGUAUAGAAAACAUUACGAAUACUACCAUAAACAAUGUACUAAUUAUUUGUCAAACAUUUGAAGAUGGAUGAUCUCUAAGGAGCUAGCAAUCAAAAGACAGACAAGUAUACACAGUUUAGGGGAAAAACAGGUAAUUUUUGUACAAGUUAACUAGAUUCACUAAAGCAGCAGGGGAGAAAUAAGCCUAUCAGAGCAAUUUAGAACUAGUCGACAUGGUAAGUUAGUGUGUGUGGCAAGUCAGGGUGUGAAUCUACAGCAUGCGAGCUUGCUGUGCAGUCAAGUCCAAUGUUAACUCUGGUACAGUGCUCUAAAAGUUCCAUAGUGUGCUGUAGCAGAGCCCACACAGGUUACUACUACAAGUGUGCUGUCGCGUCACACCUUGGCUUAACACAUUAACUCUGUGUAGACCUUAAAGAUGGAGAAGAGAGAUGAGCUUAGAAUAGUUGUACUAUAUCUGUGGGGCUGCAUGACAAAGUAUGAAAGUGACUGAAUGAGAAGCUGGGAACAAGGCAGAGAAUGGAUCGGGCAGGAGACUUUGCAAAGCUUGACCAAUGAGGAUAAAUUGAGAGAGGUAAACCAAACUUUGAAGGCAAUGACAAGAAACUUAGAUGUGAUAAAAGAGCAGACAGAGCCAAUGGAAGGAUUCAAAAAUAUUCAGAGGCAAGUAAUCUGAUCAAACUCACAGGUAAGGAAGA